AUGUCAAAUGUCUCUCUACUCACGUCCGAAGGUCUUCCUUCGUCCAUCUCUGUCUUUGCUCGCCGACGUGUUCAUUUCGAAAAUUAUUCGUACGCCUACGAUUACGAGCGCAGAGCAAAGAUCGCCAUGAUCUUGCAGAAGUUGAUAGCGACACAGUGUAUGCGAAAGGGAUUGGAAAUAAUGGUCAUGGAAGCAUUUGGCUUUGAGAUCUGGCCAGAGUGUCCUUCAAGCCGCUGUGGUGACCAGCGUGUUAGGAAAACCGCGAGUGGUUACAAGGAGUCACAGACGUACAUGUGA